AUGGAUGAUGGGUGCAACUUGGGAUGAAGAUUAUUUUAUAUGGCCAUGUGGAGAUAUGAGGAGAAUGCAACUAGCUUUGUAUAUGGUCAAACAACCUGCAAAUUACAUAAGACAUGUGGUCAUCAAGGAAGCAAAUAGGAAUGCUCCAAGGCUUGAACUCGAGACUCGUCGUACAAGGAAGAAAAUCGAAAGAGGCUGAACAAGAACUAGAGCUAUAUGGAGAUAGUGCUUUCAGUCUUUUUGUUCUAUGUUGAACUUGUUUGUUUGUUAAACUAGUUAAGUUUAUGGUUUUAGAAUCUUUGGUC